CUUCUGUGUUUCACUGGAGAGCUGGCGUGUGUUAGGGACGUCACAUGUUGUUUUGCUUUUUCGCCAGUCAAUGUGUGUGUGUGAUAUUUACUGCUCGCCCUCCCACUUCGACAAGGAGAGAACGUAGAACAAGACGAAGAGCGUUGAGAGAGAGAGAGAGAGAGGGAGAGGAGGGAAGAAAAACACACACAAACCCACACUCACGGCGUUUCACAUCUACAUGUAUAUAUGUGGAAGGACAUUGUUUCAAAAGAAUGGCGAGUCCGCCAACAGUGAAAGGCGGGUCGUCUGGUUCUCUGUGCCCGGCCAAGGUGAGGAAAUGCGGUUACUUGAAGAAGCAGAAACACGGACACAAGAGGUUCUUCGUGCUGCGGGAGCGGGGCGGCGGAUGCCCGGCCAGGCUGGAGUACUACGAGAACGAGAAAAAGUGGAGGAACAAGUCGUCGGCCAAGAGGGUGGUCUCCCUGGAGUGCUGCCUGAGCAUCAACAAGCGAGCGGACGCCAAGCACAAGUACCUGAUCGCGCUCUACACUAAGGACGAGUACCUGGCAGUGGCGGCGGACAGCGAGCCGGAGCAACACAGCUGGUUCACGGCGCUGAGCGACCUGCUGCCCCCGGGCUCUGGCUCCUCGUCGCCGCCGCUGCCGCCGCCGCCUCCCUACACCGAUCACAGCGACUACGGCCCCCUGCCCACCGCCCUCUACAAGCAAGUGUGGCAGGUCAACCUGAAGCCUAAAGGCCUGGGCCAAGCCAGGAAUCUCAGCGGCGUUUACAUGCUGUGCCUUUCGAGCCAGAGCAUGGGCUUGGUGAAACUCAACUGCGAGCUGCCCUCGGUCAGCCUGCAACUGAUGAACAUCAGGCGCUGCGGCCACUCGGAGAAUUUCUUCUUCAUCGAGGUGGGCAGGUCGGCGUCCACCGGGCCCGGCGAGCUGUGGAUGCAGGUGGACGACUCGGUGGUGGCUCAGCACAUCCACGAAACCAUUCUGGAGGCGAUGAAAGCCAUGAAGGAGCUGUGUGAGUUCCGGCCGCGCAGCAAGAGCCAGUCGUCCGGCUCCCAUCCCAUCUCGGUGCCCGGCCGCCGGCACUUGGUCCACCUGCCCCCCAGCCAGGCUGGGUUACUACAUAGGCGGUCGAGGACUGACAGCAUCGCCACCCCACCUCAUGCUGGUAAGAUUGUGCCGAGUCGUACGAGGACAGCCAGCGAAGGAGACAGCUCCGUGUGUAGACUAGAGUCUAUGACCGGUAGCCCCAUCAGUCCGAGCUCGGCGAGAACACACUUCAGCCGGUUAAAUACCAUGUCGAAAAACCCCAGGGCGAUGCAGCCCAAUACUCUUCACCAUAGCCAGUCGAUGUCCAUGCCCGUGUCUCAUUCCCCCUUAUCCGCCACCAGCCCAGUGAGCCUGUCCUCCAGCAGUGGCCAUGGGUCUGCAUCAGACACCAUAGCUCGUCCAUCCAGCGCUAAUGCAUCUGUCUCGGGAUCUCCAAGUGACGGAGGGUUUAUUUCCUUUGAUGAAUACGGUUCCAGUCCUGGAGAUUUAAGGCAGUACAUGGGGUAUAGAAACAAUACUCCAGAAUCCCUCACCUACACCCCGCCUGUACGUGAAUGCAAUGAGUUGUAUGGUUACAUGUUAAUGGAAAGGCAUGCUAGUGGCCGGUGUGGGCCCGGCUGUUCUCACAUUGAAAGGGAUGAAAGUUCUGAUAAAAGUUACCGGAAGAGAACCUAUUCCCUGACAACACCUUGCCGCCAGAGUGCCAUUUCACAGGUUUCUUCUGUUUCAUUAGAUGAAUAUACUUUAAUGAAAGCUACUUGCAUUGGCAAUUCUGAACACCUGUCGUGUCCAGUCUCCCCCAACGUAGCCUACAAUCCUUAUCCCGAAGACUAUUGUGACAUUCAAGUAGGGUCCCAAAAGAAUUCUGGGUGCAGUAACCUUGGUGAUGAUGGCUACAUGCCGAUGACCCACGGCAUGGGGAAUGUUCCUCACAAAAAUGAUGACUACAUGCCAAUGAGCCCCAAAAGUGUGUCUGCACCGAAACAAAUAAUUAAUCCGCGAUUACAUUCACAAAUGAAUGUAAGUGGAUACAAGAACAUUUCUCCUACUGGGUGCUGCUUACCUGAUACCAGCCAAUACAAGAGAAUGUGGUGCGGGUCAAAGCUUUCGGUAGAAAGUUCUGACGGGAAGUUCACCUCGGACGAAUACAUGAAUAUGUCUCCUGUUGAUCACUGUGCAUCAGUUACGCCUCCAGAUUGCUUCUUCCCUGUUAGUGAAGAACUUCCCAGAUCCAGUGACUCUUUUUACACAUUCCCCCAGUCUCAUAAGCCUCAUUGCCAGAAGGAUGGGGGAAAUGAUCACUAUGUUCUGAUGAGUUUGCCACAUGGUGUGAUUCUUGAAGAGCCAGCAUUGAACGUAAAGUGUGGCGCUCCUUCUGUGGUAAACCAAGCUGCACAUUCACCAGUUAGGCAAAGUCUGGUGGAUGGUUUAGCCCGCCGAGAAAGAGUUAUGAGACCCUCCCGACUGUCACUGGAGAUGCUACGAGCCAACACACUAUCGAGUCCAAAUGAACCUGCUUCAUUGCCUGAACCAAAAAGCCCAGGAGAAUAUGUCAGUAUAGAUUUCAGCAACAAAUUUCCAUACAUUGCACCAUCUGUGCCACGUAAAAGUUCCUUAUCUUUUCCGGAUUCUGCAAAUGUCCAGAAAGGUUUGCCAGUAUCUGAUUACAUGAAUGUCGAUCUCAACUCAAAGUCACCAAAGAAUGGAUUUGUUUCCAUCAGUUCCUUUGAUGCAAUAACUGGGUCCACGGUGUCAUGUCCCAGCAGAAAUCUCCCCAUCGAUGUUUUCCUGAAAAGUCAAGUUGGAACCAACUGUCUCGCUCACCCCUCAGAAGAUGAGACGGAAUAUACGGAAAUGGCAUUUAUAAUGGCGACAACACCCCCUCUGCCUGUCCCUCCAAAACAAGUGGACAGCCCCACAACCGGGAUGGAAAGACUCUCCCUGAUAGAUCAUAUGCCUGGGGUAGAUGUUUUCAUUCUUCCAAGCUUGGCACCCGAUCCGAACCGGGGUGCUAAAGUUAUCCGCGCCAACCCUCAGGGACGCAGACGCCACAGCUCGGAGACGUUCUCUUCCACAACGACUGUCACGCCUGUUUCACCUUCAUUUGCUCAUGACCCCAAGAGACACAGCUCAGCUUCAUUUGAAAACGUUUCCCUCAGAAAGAAUGAAGAAGCCGAAGAGGUUCAAGGAAGCCCGAUCAGCCGUAAAACCUCAGCUGGAAUUCAAAGUGGCCUGAAUUAUGUCGCCUUGGGCUUAGGGGAUGACAAUUUCUUGAGCUAUGAGAAAGUGGCACAAUAUCAACUGACACCUCAACGCAAAGGAAAUAUCAACUUCACUGAUGAUGGUGCAUAUACCACCAUAGACUUUGUGUCAAAGAAUUUUGACCAAACAGCUGCUGUUGAAGAUUGACCCAUCUGCACCAUUGCUGGAACGUCGCAUAAAGGAUGCUGCUUAGUAGACACCUUUGUCGAAUGCUGCUCAAGUUGACCUCUUUGCCUCAUUGUGAAUGUGUUGCUAACAAUGCCUCGAGACCGUCACAACACUGCAAUGCAUAGCACACUUGAAAGGACAAGGAAGCUUUCUGCCUCAUUAGAUCCUGUUAUGGAUAUUGAUUAUCCUCUUUCCUUUCCAGGAGCAGUGCCGUCAAGCAGUUCUUGUUCAGCAUCACAUUAACUGUUGCCUGUUUAGCCUUGUUCUAAGUUGAGAUUUGGCCAACAUCUAAGUUACACAUGGGUUGCAUUACCUUUCUCAGAAUGGCCAGAAAUCAACUGAAUUGGAAUGUUACUGACCUGGUACAAACACUACCUCGUUCAAAAACUAAAGCAGCCUUUUAUGGGAGAAAAAGCCCAACAGCUUCAGCUGUGGACCGAACUCCCAAGACACCAAACCAAGUUGAUAGUUCCCAAUAUACCAAUGUGAUAAGCCAGAAUUGUGUCCUACAAAGAUUCCACGUUGACUAGUUUUACGCCCCUAUCUGAAAGUCAAAAUGGCUGACAGAAGUGCAAUUUCAAAUUACUGGGCGAAUCAGAGGGUCCAAGAAAGGUCUAUUAAGAUUCGUAUGAGGAUUUUCUCUGAGAUCUGGGUGAUGAUUUUCACAUUCCUUGGAGGGAAGGAAGGAAUCUUUUCAAAAGUUAGGUGCCUAGAAAAUUGUCUCCGAUUGGUAAUGCUAAAUAUACUUAGUAUUUUCUCUCCAAAAUGUUAUCCAUUGACCAAGGAUACAUUUCUAGGCAAUGUAAAGUUCUUGAUAUUUCUUAAUGGUGAACAUUGUUUAUGUUCAAUACAGAAGUUAGACAGUUCAGGACUGCUUUGGGUGAAAGAGACUGCACAAGAACUUCCUGCUGACUUAUUUAUUAGCAUUAGAACUGUUGACAAAAGUGUGCCAGAAAAUUCUGAAUGUAGAUACUCUAUUUUGCAAGUGAUUGAAGUUUCACCACAGGCCUGUGUGAAGUUCUCUAUAUUUUGCCAGGGGGUCAAUUCCCCUGUAUUCAUGCCUGGUUUUGUAAAAUCUAUAUUGUGAACGAUGCUCAUUUUUACAAGAUUAAAAGUAGCAUGGAUCUCGAUACAGUGGCUGAAUCUGCAAUAAAUCAACAUAUAACCAUGGGACUGAAAGAAUGCUGAUUUUGAAUUGAAUUACCAGACACAAUGGCAAAAUAUGGAAUGAACUGAGACAAUAGCAAAAUAUGGAAUAAACUGUAAUCAAUGAACAUUUUCUACUGAAUGCAGUUUUCAUAGCUUCACAACAAUGCUGGAAUGUAUAAUCCAGAAAUUAAGUAUAGAACACUUUACAUUCUUAGUUUACAGUUUGGAACCUGUAUAUAACAGUUACUAUUUUCUCUAGAAUGUAUAGCAAAGGUUGCUAUUUGUAUAUUUUGCUAUUUUCAGUUUAAGGCAUGCAACGUUCCAUAUUGAACCUGUAUAAACCUUAAACAGCAUAAGAGCAGGGUUUUCAUGUUACUUUUUAGCCUAGAGAUGAAAGUGAAUGUGUAAUAAUACUUCUAAGCAGACAAAAGAUAAUUGUAAACUUAACAUAUCUUGCUGUGUCUUCCGUUUUAUGUAUUUAUAAAUAAUUCCAAUGUAAUGUUAUCAGAAGAUGAGAAUCUGAUUGAGAAUUGCGUAUCAUACUUCACCUGAGUUGAUCUUGA